CGUAUACUCUUUUUAAAAAACAUAUUAACCUCUGACAUUUUUUACUGUCUUAGAUUUAAAUAUAUACUCUGUCAUGUGAAAUUGCAUUUUAUUAAAUUGGCGACGAGGAUUUUAAAAUGAAUCCGGAAUUAAUGGAAGAAUUCCUUAAGGUACAACAAAACCAACAAACACAAAUAACUAAAAUACUGGAAUUACUUACACAAACAGUAAUACAAGUAAGUGGAACGUCACAGACCCCUACUACGAGUGCAACAGACUCGAGCAUAUUGACAACAUCGUCAAACACAGUCUUAAAAAAUUUUAAAUGCGAUCAAUUCAAUCCCGCAACAACGGAUAUACAUAAUUUCAUAGACUACUUUGAAGUCAAAUGUAACAUAUGGGGUGGAGACACUGACAAUGUGAAGAGACAAUUACUUUUCACAUGCCUUAGCCCUGAAAUAUUCCAUGAAGUUAAGGUAGCGUUCACACCGCAUUUUGAAACAUCGACAUAUAACGACAUUAAAAUUAAAUUAAUUGACCUUUAUGGUACUAGAAAAACAAGGUAUAAAGCCCUCACUGAUUUUUGGAAUGCAACACGUCAACAAAACGAGUCAAUGACAAAUUAUGCAAACAGGCUAAAGGAACUGAGUAAGGAUUGCAAAUAUGACAAUUUGCUAGAGAGACAAUUACGAGAUAGAUUUGCAACAGGCCUUAAUCAUGCAGCGUUAGAGAUAGACCUAAAACAAAGAUGGCCUGACCUGCUUGAGAAAGAUGAGACUGGAAAAUUAAUAGAAGUCACAUUCCAACAACUAUUUACUUUCGCUCAAUCCAGAGAGAUAGCAGAAUCUGAUAACAUUGUUAGAAGAAUAAGAGACAAUAAACAUAAACGUACAAACAAUAAAAACAAUAAAGUUAUAAACAGAAAACUCAAAAAAGACCACUGUUUCAGAUGUGGAAAUAAACAGAAGCAUAGUAAUGAUGAAUGCAAAGCUAUAAAUCAUAAUUGCAAAGCAUGUGACACAAUCGGCCAUUUCGAAUCAUGUUGCAUUAAAACAGGACGCGCUUUUAUUGACAGCAGGCCGCACACACAAAGCAUUAAAAGGACUCAAAACACCACUUCAUCUCGCUACCAAGACGCGAAUGAAUCAUCAUCAUCAUCAUCGUCAACUACUACAGACGACGAAUGUAGUGAACAAGGAGUAUAUCACCUUAACAAGAACAAAGACUGCAAGAGAAUAGACCCCAUUAUCAAUGGCAUACCCUGUACAAUGGAUUGGGAUACAGGUUCGAAGUUCUCUAUUAUAAAUACAAAAUUUUGGAAACAAAUUGGAUCACCACAAUUAAAACGUUCACCACCUCUGAAAGCAUAUGGAAAUAAUGAUUUUAAACUUAAACCAAGAGGACUAACAGAAGUAUCAGUGGAAAUACAGGGAAAACAAAAAAUUCUUCCUGUCAUUGUCAUGAAGACUUCAGACCCUAUGCUGUUUGGAUUAGACUGGAGUGAAAUGUUUGGAAUGGAAUUUCCGGAAGCUGUAUAUUCUAUUAAAGCAAUUAAUGAACAACAGACACUACAAAACAUCCUAACAAAUUACGCAACACUUUUCAACAACAAACUUGGUAAAGUAAAAAACUAUCAGGUCAACAUUCACAUUAAACCGGGAACAGAAGCAAAACAUUUUCCACCACGUCCUGUAAAAUUCAGUAUCAAAAAGAACAUUGAACUGGAACUAGAUCGAUUAGUGCAAGAAGGGAUUAUCACAAAAGUGGAUCCUAACAUAACACCCGUAGAAUGGUCAACUCCAACAGUUAAUGUCGUAAAACCUAAUGGUCAAAUUCGUAUUUGCGGUGAUUAUCGCGUCACAAUCAACCCUGCAUUAAUAACACACCUACAUCCAGUACCACUUUUUGACCAAUUAAGACAACAGCUUGCAAAUGGUGAAAAAUUUUCCAAAAUUGACUUAAAGGAUGCAUAUCUUCAAUUUGAAAUUGCCCCUGAAUCAAAAAAGUAUCUUACAAUAACAACACAUAAAGGAUAUUUCCAAUACAAUCGAAUGCCCUUCGGUAUUGCAACAGCACCAUCAAUUUUUCAACAUUAUUUAGAAAAACUACUAGACAAUAUCCCGAAUACGGCCGUCUACUUCGAUGAUAUUGCAGUAACAGGAAAAAAUGACAGCGAACACCUAAGUACUCUGACGUCAGUACUCAAGAGAUUGCUAGAAGCUGGCCUCAAAGUUAACUUAAAAAAAUGUAGUUUUCUCCAACCCGAAAUUGAAUAUCUUGGACACAUAAUUGACGCACGUGGUGUACGCCCAACUAAAACAAAAAUUGAUGCAAUCGCUAAAGCUCCAGCGCCAAACAAUACUAAAGAACUACGAUCUUUUUUAGGAAUGGUCAACUUUUACGAGCGAUUCAUUCCGCACUUACAUACACUUUGUUCAGACUUGCACGACUUAACAUCUUCACGAAAAAAAUGGAAAUGGACGAAAGAAUUACAAACCGCAUUUGAAAAGGUAAAAACCUGCAUAACAAAAACAAGACCUCUGAUAGCUUAUGAUGAUAAACGAAUGCUUUAUCUAGCAUGUGAUGCUUCCGAAAAAGGACUUGGGGCUGUUCUUUUCCACAAAGAACACAAUAUUGAACAACCGGUCGCAUAUGCUUCUAGGAAAUUAAAACCUGCAGAAAGUAAAUACUCUGUAAUAGACCGAGAAGCAUUAGCUAUCUACUUUGGUAUCAAAAAAUUUGAUCAGUUCUUAAGAGGAGUCCGUUUUACAUUAAUUACUGAUCACAAACCUUUAAUCUACCUUUUAGGCCCACAAAGAAAUCUGCCUAAACUUGUUAAUAACAGAUUGGUGAGAUGGGCGUUAGCAAUUGGGUGUUAUAAUUAUCACAUUGAGUAUCGAAAGGGAGAACACAAUAUUCUUGCAGACUUUUUGUCAAGAAUGCCAAACCCUGACCAAAUACCGUCUGAAGGUGAACUGACUGUACAUAAAAUAGGCACGCGAUUGCAAGCGAUAAAAAUGAUUGAUUUAACACUUUCAGAGAAACUGAUUAAAGAAGAAACAGGAAAAGAUCCCGUCCUAAGGGAAGUAUCCAAUCAUAUUAAACUUGGCUGGAAGAAUCAAUGUAAUAGUCACCUAAAACCUUACUAUCGAAAACGUGAAGAACUUGCCAUCGAGAAUAAAAUUAUAAUGUGGGGCGGAAGAAUUGUAAUUCCACAAGGGAUACAAAAAGCUGUAUUACACUACCUCCACCGCGGCCAUCCAGGCACAUCUGCUAUGCGAGCUCUGGCUAGAUUUUAUGUCUGGUGGCCCUCCAUAGACGAAGAUAUAGAUAGAUAUAUUAAACUUUGCCAUAAAUGUCAAGAAAACAGGCCGAAUGAUCCAGAACUCCCUAUUUACUCUUGGUCUAUCCCAGAAAAAAAUUGGGAAAGAAUUCAUAUUGAUUUCGCAGGUCCUUUCGAAGGAAAGUAUUGGGUAGUAGUUGUUGAUGCUUUAUCAAAAUGGAUUGAAGUACGACCAAUGACUAAAACUACUACAGUAAAACUAUGUGCUAAACUGGAUGGAAUAUUUACUACUUUCGGUCUACCCAAGAUUAUUGUAUCUGAUAAUGGUCCACAAUUUACGUCGCAUGAGUUUGAAAAUUAUUGCAAGCAGUAUGGAAUCUUACAUAUUCGGGUAUCACCGUACCAUCCUCGCUCCAACGGAUUAGCAGAACGCCUUGUUCGCACUUUCAAGACCCGGUUAUCAGCCAGUAACGAAGACGGAGCUAACUUGAAACAACGCUUAAGAAAUUUCCUGUUCAGUUAUCGUAAUACACCACAUUCUACAACAGGUAAAUCUCCAGCACAAAUAAUGUUUGGCCAUCAACUAAAUUGUGUAUUUGACAAUCUACGCCCAGAUUUAAGAAAAACACUAAAUUUCAAACAACUUCAAACUAACUUACAUGGAGAUCAGCCUUUAAAAGAAUUUAAGAGUGGUGACCCAGUUUAUAUACGCACGCGAAAUGAAUCAACUUGGCAUCCUGCUACUGUAACAUUACGUACUCACCGUUAUUCGUACCUAGUUCAAACACCUGAUGGUGUGGAAAAACGAAGACAUGCAGAUCAUAUACGUUCUCGAGCAAUUGAUGAAGCUGAAAGUACCAAAAUAGGAGGAAUGGUUAAAGAACCAUCUCAAGACUCACAAGCGAGUAUGACUCCAUUACAGGCCCCAACAUCAGAAAUUCAGGAACCUUCUCCAGAGCAAACUCAAGCAAAUGCUCCAAUUACACCGUUACAAACAUCACCCUGUGAGCUACCACAAGAAUGGCAACAAUUGACAUCAAUACCACUUACUAAAGAGGCAUAUUCUACGGCCGAGGAAACAGCCGUACCAUUGCGUCGUAGUUCGGCGCCGAAUAGUUGCCGACUAGUCGUCGACUAUGACAGUGGCCGACUAGUCGUCGACUAUGACAGUGGCCGACUAGUCGUCGACUAUGACAAUGGCCGACUAGUCGUCGACUAUGACAGUGGCCGACUAGUCGUCGACUAUGACAGUGGCCGACUAGUCGUCGACUAUGACAGUGGCCGACUAGUCGUCGACUAUGACAGUGGCCGGAUACAAUUAUGUAUUCUUGGUUCACCAAAUAAUUUACAAAACUUUGAAUGGGAAGUGGUUCACGAAUGGGUAGAUCUUUUAAGACCUCUUGAAAAACUUACUGCAGCCAUAUCCGGAGAGAAAUAUCCAACAUUGUCUUCAGUGAUUCCUUUGAUUAGAAAUGUUCAAGAAUUAAAAGAAUCUUUAUUAGAUGCUGUUGAUAAAUGGUUAAGUAUUUUAGAAUCAAACAAAACUGCAGCUAAAUCUACCUACUUGGAUUCGAGAUUUAAGAAAAUUGGUUUUUGCGUAGAAUCUAAUGCUGAUAGGGCUAUACAAUCCGUUAUUGGUGAAAUUGAAUCUACCUAUAUAUCCACAAAUUUAGAUAAUAUCAGAACAGAAUCGGAGUCUUCAUCGUCAAACCGCAACCAGAAAAUAAGGACGUAA